AUGAGCUGCCUACUCGCCAUUCUCUUAUAUACUGGUGGAAGAUCGAGUAUGGAAGAUCGUUUGGUCGUGAUGGAUCUUGCACCCCAGAGAUCUUUUUAUCAAACACACAGUUCAAACAGAGACCGCUGGUUCCCGAGUGUCGCACAUGUAGACGACAUAAUUAUGGGCCCCAGCCCAACCAAAAGACCCGGUACACACAUGACGAUAUACUGCUCACAGACCCGUUCCAAAGCCUCCCUUUUGGAAUUUGUUACUGCGGGCUCAAAGAAGCUAAUUCGAAGCACCGAAUAUGGCAUUCGCCCGGAAACUAAGUUGGAGGCGGAGUGUCUAAAUUAUAUCGAAGAUGCCCUCAAAAAUAAAUCAAAUAAUCAACUAGCUAACCCGAAAAUUAAACCUUCAAGCAUAUGUAGCAAAGAUAUCAUUUCGAGUUUAAGAUCAGAUGGUAAAUUGCGAGCCUUUGAGGAUGAGAAUGCCAAGUAUCUACACAGUUCAAAUACCCCAGCCGCAUCUCUGCAUGAGCCCACUAAAAUAGCUACUGUGGUAUUGAAUGGUCACUUUCUUCGUUUGGCAACCAUCGAUAAAAUGUCUUUCGGACUUGCCUGGUACCAUGGCUUCCUCACCGUAUUCCGCAUGGACGUCGACGAAUAUUGGCGCCCAAUUGAAGGUCUCUCCCAGGACAAUUAUGUCCUCAAAUUCCUCGCCGCUACCUCUCUAGCAAUUCGUUUAAUGAUGGAAGAAGUGGCUAAAAUCGAAAUUAAAGUUGUCUUGAGACCACAGAUAGGCCAGUCACCAGGAAAUGAUCAAAAUAUCACAAAAAAACCCUCAAUUUUAAGCCUACUCCAAGCCCUUGAUCGGUCGGAAUUCAAAUUUACCGAGUAUAUUGCAACGGGCUUCCUGGGUAAAGGCAUAAAAAUUCAAAGGCCAUUGGAAAAACUGUGA